UCAUUUCUCUCUCUUCUUUCUCUCUCUUAAACUCCAUAUAUACAGUGAUUUUCUUCAUGAUUUCAUCUCCUUUUCAAUUUUCAUGUUGAAUUGAUUCUGUAUUCGUCACUGUUUACUGUUUGAAAGAUCUAAAUCCAGCGGAUGCAAGGAAAUCAAUUUCAUCCAAUCACAAAUGGCGCAUCUUCUCCCGCCGGAGCUUACAUUUCCGAUCUUUCUCAGAUCAAACGAGGUAAGAAACGCGGGAGUUACAACUGUGGUAGAUGUGGACUACCUAAAAAAGGUCAUGUAUGUGAUAUUCAAUCUACAUUCGCUACUCCAACGGAAUCUAGUUCGUCAAUUGCAGAGACUGAAUCUCCUAUUCCUUUAUCCAUAAUCAGACAACCUACGCCUGGACAGGGACAGGGACAGGGAAACACUCAUCUUCGUCGCGCUCUGUCGUUUGACGAAGUUGAUGUUAUCGAUUCUGACCAUGAGGAUGAGUAUGAUGAGACUGAACUGGAUUUGGUGGAGGAUGUUGCUGGAUUGCCUAUGAAUUGUUUAUGGGAGGUUUUGAGUAGAUUGCCACCGACUUCUUUGUUAUCCGCGGCGAAUGUUUGUAAGGGUUGGAGAGAUACGUCGAUGAAGAUUUGGAAGGCGGCUUUGGAAUUGAGACUUAAGGUUCCGGCGAGAGGGGAGGUUGGAUUUGUUGGUUCAGUAUUGAAGAAAUGCCCUAGACUUGUUAGACUUUCUCUUAGCUUAGAAAGUGAUGUGGAUGCAACCAUUUUAGCUUGUAUUGCUUUUUCAUGCCCUAAGUUGGAGUUAUUGGAGAUUCAUACAUCAAGUAACUCUGUCAAUCGGAUAACUGGUGAUGAAUUGGGGCGAUUUGUAGCAGACAAAAGAUGUCUUACUACCCUUAAGAUGGAAGGAUGUACUAACUUAACUAGCUUUGUACUAUCUUCAUCAAGUCUUUCUACUAUAUGGCUUUCUGAUCUUCAUUCACUUUCUAAGAUGGUUUUCUAUUGUCCAAAUUUGAAGGAAAUUUCCUUGGAUUUUUCGCGACAAGAAAAUGAUACUACUGAUCUUACUACUAUGGUUGAUGGGCUUGGAAGAAACUGCCCAAGAUUACAGAACAUACACAUUUCAUCAGUCCGGCUUUCUAAUGCUGUUGUACUUGCUCUUGCUGCUGUGAACUUGAGGGGGUUGCGAAUGCUUUCUUUGGUACUUGGAUCAGAAAUCACUGAUGCAUCAGUUGCUGCAAUUGCUUCUAGCUACUCAAACCUUGAAUUACUUGACCUUAGUGGGUCUAGCAUAAGCGACAGUGGUAUUGGAAUAAUUUGCAAUGUUUUCCCUGAUAAAUUGACUAGACUUCUUCUUGCACUGUGCCCUAACAUUACAUCAAGUGGAAUUCAAUUUGCAACUGCUCAACUCCCUCUUUUGGAACUUAUGGAUUGUGGGAUGGCAUUAUGCAACCCAAGUUCUGAAGACGAAUCUUCCGAAAAAGGCACUGAUUGUGAGUCUCAGAAAACUCCUAAUAGCAAGUUGCACAAUGUGUACCAAAAGUUAAUAAUCAAACAUAGUCAUCUAAAGAAGCUGAGUUUAUGGGGAUGUUCUGGCUUGGAUGCCUUGUUUUUGAACUGCCCAGAACUGAGUGAACUGAACCUUAACUCUUGUACAAAUUUACAGCCAGAGAGAUUGCUUCUUCACUGUUCUAAUUUGGAAAGUGUACAUGCAUUGGGCUGCAAAGAUAAAUUGAUUCAAGCUAUUCAAGAUCAGGUCUUUCGAAAGUUCUCUGCAAUAGAAAAUUAUUUUCCAGCCAAACGCUUAGCUGAUGGUUCCAAGAGGAUUCGCGUACCUCAUUUUGUCAAUGAGCAGGAUCCAGACAUCUGUACAAGUUUAUCUGACAAAGAAACAUGUUAUCUGAUGAAGAUGACGAAAUGGAAAGAAGGGUUCGUCAAAGGAGGUGUGCUGUGGAAGUAGAAUGACCAAAAGAUGAAUUUAAGAAUUUUGUUUCUUGUAACUUCUGAUGAUUCUUGUUGUUGACUGUACAAGUUCUUGUUUGUUGUUUACAAUUGGUAGUAAUAUUAUUUACAAAAUAUUAAUCAUCUCUAGAAUUCUCUAGAGGUAUGUGAAUGGGAUGAUUAUGAACAUUACUUAUUCUUUUCACUUUUAAUUACA